AUGAUAAACCAGAAAAGAGGAGAGAUGCUGAAGCCACUGGCUGCAGGAAAUGAUACCAGAAUGACCAACUUCAUCCUCCUGAGCCUGACUGAUUCACCAAGAGCCCAACUGGUCCUUUCCAUGGUAUUUCUCUUGAUCUAUAUGUUUUCUGUGGUGGGGAACCUAGGGCUGAUCUUGAUCAUCCAGAAAGACUCUCAGCUUCACAGCCCCAUGUAUUUUUUCCUGAGUGGUUUGUCCUUUGCUGAUCUGAGCUACUCCACAGCCAUUACUCCCAAAACCUUGGAGAAUUUAUUAACAUCCAGAAAGACGGUCUCAUUCAUUGGCUGCUUUGCCCAAAUGUAUUUUUUCAUUUCUUUGGCAGGAACAGAGUGCUUUCUCCUCUCUGCAAUGGCAUACGAUCGUUAUGUAGCUAUAUGUAACCCACUGCUUUAUUCCUCUGUUAUGUCCUCAAAAUUAUGCAUGUGGCUUAUGGUUGGGUCAUAUGGAGUUGCUUUCACAAACUCCCUGAUAACUGUUCCAUUCAUAGCUAGGUUGCCAUUUUGCAACUCAAAUGUAAUUCACCAUUUUUUCUGUGAUAUCUCACCAAUCUUGGUUUUGUCCUGCACUGACACACGUAGCAUGGAAAUCAUGAUCUUUAUCUUAGCUGGCUCCACCCUUGUAAUGUCUCUGAUAAUGAUUACAGUCUCUUACAUGGCUAUUAUCUCUGCCAUUUUGAAGAUCAACUCCACUGUGGGAAGAAAAAAAGCCUUCUCCACCUGUGCUUCCCACCUCACAGGAGUCACCAUCUUCUAUGGGACUCUAAUCUUUACAUAUCUAAAGCCAAGUAAAUCUUACUCCCUGGGUAAGGACCAGGUAGCUUCUGUUUUCUACACCAUCGUGGUCCCCAUGUUGAACCCCCUUAUCUACAGCCUGAGAAAUAAAGAGGUGAAAAAUGCUAUGAGCAGGGUGAUUCAUCUCUGCCCUAUAGUGAUGUGGCUGGAAGCAGAACGCCAGGCAGAAGUCACCUGCUGA